AUGCACGCCUGCUACUCCGGCAGGGCAGUCGCCGGGCCGUCCCUGCACACAUUUCAACGAACCACGCACCCUACCACACGAUCAAGAGGCCUGAAGCUUAGGCUGUAUGCCCAGAGCGCCGUGCUGCUGGAUGUACGGGACUUGGAGGCCCGCAUCACCAACUCCCAGCAGGGCGUGCUGAAGGGCGUGAGCCUGACGGUCCGGGAGGGGGAGGUCCAUGCGAUCAUGGGUAAGAACGGUUCUGGCAAGAGCACAUUCAGCAAGGUGCUGGUUGGUCAUCCCGAGUACGAGGUGACGUCUGGGUCUGUGGACUACAAAGGGGAGUCGCUGCUGGGGCUGGAGCCCGACGAGCGCUCCCACAUGGGCCUUUUCAUGAGUUUCCAGAGCCCCGUGGAGAUCCCAGGCGUUUCCAACAUCGACUUCCUGCGCAUCGCCACAAACGCUCGGAGGAGCGCCCAGGGCCAGAAGGACCUGGAUCCCCUAGAGUUCUACGCUUUUGUCAUGCCCAAGCUGGAGCUGCUCAACAUGGACGCCGCCUUCCUGAACCGCAAUGUGAACGAGGGGUUCUCUGGGGGCGAGAAGAAGCGGAAUGAAAUCCUGCAGCUGGCCUGCCUGGAGGCGGACUGCUCCAUCCUGGACGAGAUCGAUUCGGGGCUGGACAUCGAUGCCCUGCGGGAUGUGGCCACUGCUGUCAAUGGCUUCCGGAAGCAGAGGCCUGCGGCGGGUCUCAUCAUGGUGACACACUACAAGAGGUUGCUGGACUACAUCCGCCCGGAUUUCGUGCACAUCAUGCAGGAUGGCAAGAUCGUGAAGACGGGGGGCAUGGACUUGGUGGACCAGUUGGAGCUGGAAGGGUACAAGGUUCCAGGUCAGCUGUUUGUGUUUGGUGAUGGCGACUGUGGACAGCUGGGCCUGGGAGAGGACGUCACCGAGCGGCUGAGGCCCUUCCCCCUGGAUGUUGAUGGCAACAAGAUCCUGCAAGUGGCGUGUGGAGGCAUGCACACCGUGGCCCUGACCGAGGACCAUGUGGUCUACAGCUGGGGAGUGAACGACGAGGGCGCCCUGGGUCGCGAGACAGCCGGGGAGCUGUGGGAGAAGUCAGGCCUGUCCAGCGGCGUAGCGGGCGACUCCUACUCGCCCGGCCCCGUAGACCUCCCAGCGUCGGCUGGGAAGCUGGGCUCAGUGUGGGCCUGGGGCACCUUCCGCGACGCCUCGGGCGUGUUUGGGUUCAGCGCAUGCACGCGCAUCCAGCUGACCCCCGCGGAGGUGUACAGCCCGCGCCGGGCCGGGGACCAGGUCGUGCGCAUCGUGUCGGGCGCCGACCACAUCGCGGCCGUCACCCGUCACGGCGGCCUGCUGACCUGGGGCAACGGGCAGCAGGGGCAGCUGGCGCGGGUGGGCGAGCGCCUGUCGGACCGCGUGCGGGCGGCCACGCUGCUGACCCCGGCCCCCGUCCCGCUCAAGCGCCGGCGCUCGGGGCGCGCGGCGGUGGUCGACGUGGCGGCGGGGACCUACGCCACCUUUGCGCUGCUGGCCGACGGCGGCGUGCUGGCCGCCGGGCUGAACAACUACGGCCAGCUGGGGCUGGAGAACGGGGCGCUGCCGGCCUACGCGCUGACGCACGUCGCCGCGCUGGACGGACGCAGCGUGCGUGGUGUGCGCGGCGGGCAGCACCACACGCUGGUGCUGGUGGAGCCGGGGGCGGGGCGGGGGGGCAGCGCCGACGACGGGGAGGGUUCGGAGGGCGCCGGGCCCUCGGGCGCGCCGCUGCUCAGCUUCGGCCGGCCGACCUACGGCCGGCUGGGCCAGGCGGCGGCGGCGGUGGGCUCCGACGCCGCCGCGCCGGUGCCACGCGAGGUGGACGGCUUGGAGGGCGUGGCGCUGGCGGGGGCCGCGGCGGGGCUGGCGGUGUCGGGUGCCUUCAGCGAGGCGGGCGACGCCUGGCUGUGGGGGUUUGGCACCAGCAACCAGCUGGGCAAGGGCGACGACGACGAAGACGAGGUAGUUCCCCGGAAGCUGGCUGCCACCAAGAAGCUCGCAGACCAGAGGGUGAUCGCGCUAGAGUUUGGGGGGCAGCAUGCCGCGCUGCUUGCCGCAGCCACAUCUGGCAAGACGGUAUUGCAGCUGGAUGCCCAGGACUUUUACGGCGGUCGCUGGGCCACCCUGUCCAUAGACGACUUCCUGGCAGCCCUGCGCCCAGGACAGGCCGCGGGAGCCACUGGUUUGGAAGUCGCCGGCAGCACAGACCCCGCCUGCAUCGGGGAGUCGCAUGCCUUCCUCGUGGACCUGGCGCCGCGGCUGGUCUAUGGCGGCGGGCCCAUGGUGGAUGCCCUGCUCGCCUCUGGGGCCCACCACUACACCGAGUUCAAGCUCCUGCAGGGCAGCUACAUGCUGGAUUCUGGCGACGCGCAACGCCUCACGAGCGUGCCCUCGACCCGGGCCGAGGUGUUUGCCAGUCGCGACCUGUCCCUGGCAGACAAGCGGGUGCUCAUGCGCUUCCUGCAGCGCUUCUCCGGGCUGCUGCCGCACAAUGAGGGUGGGGAGGUGCGAGACCCCGUCCCCGCAGACACCCACGACCCCGUGCUGGCGACGCCCUUUGCUGACUUCAUGACCAACACAGGCCUCUUGCGGGCGGACCUGCGCGCCACCAUCGCACAUGGCGCCCUGCUCCUCCCCGACCCCUCGUUGUUAUCCACCGGGGUCGUGCUGGACCGGCUCGCCCUGCUCCAGCGCUCGGCGGGGCGGUACGGCGCGGGCUCCGGCGCCCUCCUCUGCCCCAUGCACGGCGGGGGGGAGCUGGCGCAGGCCUUCUGCCGCUCGGCGGCGGUGGGCGGCGCGGUGCAGAUGCUGCGCAGCCCCGUUGUGGCCCUGCGGCUGGAAAGCGCGGAGGGGAGCCAGAUCGGAGGGGGUGCGGCGACUGUGAGCGACAGCGCUGGGCCCAAGGUCGGUGCCUCGAGGCCUGUCUGCACUGGGAUAUACCUGGGCACGGGGGACGACCGCCAGGAGGUGGCGGCAGGGGUCGUCAUCGGAGGGGUGGCAGAGAUUGCGUCGGCACUGCACCUCGGCGAGCAGAUGGCCGAUGCAGCACAGAAGGGCCCGGUGGUCUGGAUGCUGGCGCUGGGCCACACCCUCUGCGUCUGCCCGGAAAACAGGACGCUGGUGUACCUGUGGACAGAGGCAGCCGCAGAGCGCGGCGCGCGAAGCGUGCUGGAGCCGGCGCUCCAGGCUGUACUCAGGGCGGCGUCUGGCACGGCCCUGUUCGCGGCGCAAGGGGCCGCUGAGGGAGGUGGAGGAGGCGGCGUCAGCGCUGGCCCUGCAUCUCUUCUGACGGCCGUGUACUACACAGAGGCGCCGUCUGACCUCCGGCCAGAUGCGCUGCCCUCAAAUGUGACGGCCUGCCCCGACCCCGGCAGCGACGUGGCGGUGGACUCCUGCAUAGCAUCCGCUCGGCAGCUGUUCCACAGGACGUUUGGUGAGGAGGGGCGCUUCCCGCUCGAUCCUGAUCCCCCUGCGCCGGACGCCGAGGAUGUGGCCUCAGACGAGGAGGCCCUGGAGGCACUGCGAACCGCUCUCAGAACAGUGGAUGGCACCGAGGAGGCAGCCAAGGAGAAUCCGGAUCUUGGGGAGAGCGGUUGGGCUCCACCCCUUGAUACUUAG